AUGAUGAAUAAACUAGCGUUGUUUGCAUUUUGCGCAAUAAUAAAAUCAAGCGUACAAUCCAUCGUCGGCGUCACUUACAGGGACAAAUUUGAUUUCGAAGAGCGCUACAGAGACCCCAACGAAUGCAACCCCUUCUACUGGCACCCCCUUCAUUUGCCCGAAAGAUGUGCUGAGUUGUUCGAGCGAACCAUCAGGUCCAAGGUCGGAGCCCACGGACCCGUCAGGAUUAUGACGAAGAAACAAAAAAGUAUAAAACGAAAGUCGUACAAAUCCAAAUCUUUUGAAAAUUUAUGGCCUUCCCCUCCAGAAGUUCAACCAAUAGUGUACGAAAUAAAUGAAAUGAUUAAUGAAAGAGUACGGGACCCUAGCAGUCCGUAUGAGCAAAUGAUGGAUAACCUGAGACAGGACAUCAGCUACCUACCCUCGGCACCAAAAGUCACUUUCUUCCCCGGACUAGGCCCAGUAGCCUUAUACCAACAACCUAUCUCCAAAACAAGUAAAGCAAUGAUAGAGAAUAUAGCUAAAAUAUACGGGAAAAAUAAUCGAAGGCAAAACUCAUAUUAUCCAUAUGGCCAAGCCGGGCCUUACCUUGAGAUUGAGGAAUCUGGCAGCGCUAGUGAUAACAAAAAUAAAACGGCAACUCCUGAAGAAACUGAAAAAAGUGACAUCGCAAUGUACAUCGACCACUAA